AUGUCAUCAGCAGACUUCGAAAUAGACACUGAUCCUGAUAUUAACGAAUUCAUCUACGCCUCAGUUGAUCUCGUAGUUCCACUCAAAACCCCUCAAGUAAAUAAUGAAACACUCCUCUUUAUCUGGCCUGGUCUUCAACCACCGGGACCAGAUUUCGGACCGAUCGGCGGUGGGGUUCUUCAACCUGUAUUGACCUAUGGAGAAGGAUCAUGUGCACCGAAUCAAAAUAGUAUUGAUCCUUACUAA